UUAAACAGGCUGGAUGGCCAUCUGUCGAGGAUGAUUUGUGAGUUCCUGCAUGGCUGAACGGGGUUGGACUGGAUCAGGGCCCUUUUUGGGGUCUCUUCCAACACUAUGAUUCUGUGAGUUAAAGUCCAAUAGCAUGUGGCAGGUGAGAGGCUGAGAGACAGUGCUCUUAAGUGUGGCACUCACCUCCAUGUCUCUUCUCAGGCUCAUUUCCUGUCCACUCCCACUCAGAUUUGUGGAAAUUGUGUGUGUUUAGACUAGACAGGUUGAACUUGCAUGUCCCUUUUGUCUUGUGUCUCUGUGGACUCCAAAAGUGUGUGGCAUCCAGGCUCACUCCUAGAGUUAACUACUGCAGUCUCAACUACUUUCUUCCUCUGUUUUCACCCAUGUCUCCCCUUUCCAAUUGUCACCUUCAGUUCUUGGCCUGCUCUCAUAAGUAUUGUGGCCUGGGGCCAUGUCAUCUUUGUGUUAUAUGUUUAUAUGUGUCUGUGUGUGUCUUUGGUGCUUAGAAGCUGUCAUCAGUACUAAAGAAAAUAGUUAGACACGAUAUUAGAGAUUUAGGGGUUGAGGAAGACAUCACUCAAGGAAGGGAAGGUUAUUGGGCACCCCCUCGAGCGUGACAUGAGCUUUUAAAAAUAAAGGGUACUGGAGCUCCUGGGUAUUGAGCAGGUUGUGACCUUGUUUCCAGCCAGGAUAGCCUAUGGGGUUACUCAUGUAUGUAAAACAUUUAGCGGAGAGAAGUUCUGGAGCAGCCAAUGAAUGAUUAAACAUUUUAUUGUGAAACUACGAUGCAUUUAUCUGUACUGUACAUCACUUCUGCACCCUCCCCUCCUUCUUUCCCUCUUCUAGCCAGUGUUGGGGAAUUACAGGUUGCUUUUAGUCUGACCCUGGAGAAAAUGGCUCUCUGCCACACAGAGUUUGUGUAUUUCUGUGGCCUUUCCCUGGGCUGAGGGAGAGAGCCUGAAGCAAAGCACAACAUUAUACAAUUUUGUCUCUAGUGGACAAGGACACAUACAUCAUUUGCCUCUCUGAAAUACAGUACCUCAUCCCUGAGAAACAGUUUCUGAUAACACUGCUUGAAAAGGCUACAUUGUAGGACUGCAGUUCUCCUAAACUUCCCAUCCAGCAUAGCUACUGGCCAUGCUGGCUGGAGGAUUCUGGGAAAUGUAGUCCAAGGUGGAAACUGUCAGGACCAGUUGAAACAGGUCUGAUAAAAUGACAAUGAUGUGGCUACUAGGUGGAGCUGUUGUGGAAGUUAUUUUACAGCUCUAGUUGCCGUUAAAUGUGUCAGUAUUUUAAACAGUGCAUCAUUGGAAUGUUGAUGCAACUGUCAACUGUCAUUCUCAACUGUCACAGAGAGAGUGUCAGUUGGUGUCAGAACAACUGCCUCUCUGUGUUUGUUGUUAUGUAACUGCCUAUCUGUUUAGUUGUUAUGGUUGUUUGGUUGGCAAAGUAACUUAUUUAUUAAAGCCCUCGUGAAGAGGGAAGGCUCGUUAGUGUCGUUAUCAGUUGCAGACAUCUCUUCAAAAUCCUUCUCCCUGGUGUCCUGUCGACGUGGUUCAACUCUGCAGGUGGUUGUGGUGGUCACAGUGCGUCUUUCCACUCCCCAACAGACACCCCAUUUACACUGGAGGGGAAUGCUGAGUUCCUACAGUGUGUCCAUAUCACCAUCUGCCUGUGGCUGUUUGAGUUGCGAGGCCUGGAGCUCAUAGUGUAGGAAACCCAUUGUGGAAGGAAUUGCUGAAUAACUCCUUGGUCCAGAAGAAGUCGCCAACAGGACUCCAACCCCCAAAAGACGCAGGACCCGCGACCAUGGCUGCCGACUCAGACGUGCUCCAUUUCCAUUUCGACCAGCAAGGAGACUCCGUCCUGCAGAAGAUGAACCUCCUGAGGCAGCAGAACCUCUUCUGCGACGUCUCCAUCUACAUCAACGACACCGAGUUCCCCGGGCACAAGGUGAUCUUCGCGGCCUGCUCCACCUUCAUGCGCGACCAGUUCCUCCUCACGCAGUCACAGCAGGUGCGGAUCACCAUCUUGCAGAGUGCAGAGGUGGGCCGGAAGCUGCUCCUCUCGUGCUACACGGGGGCCUUGGAGGUGAAGAGGAAAGAGCUUCUGAAAUACCUGACGGCCGCCAGUUACCUGCAGAUGGUACACAUUGUGGAGAAAUGCACUGAGGCUCUCUCCCGUUAUCUGGAAAUCAACGUCUCCGUGGAAGGCAACGGAGGGCAGACCGAGAAAUGCCAUUCAUCCGACAUGGAGCUGGGAAGCAAAGAUGGCAACGCAGACGGAGACUGUGAGAUCAUUGAGAUCUCUGAAGACAGCUCCGUUCUUUUAGAGGAUCACGUAAAGCGGGAGAAGGAGGAAAGCCAGAUGCCGUCCAGGCAGAGGUUGAUCUUGGGACGGAAGGACGUCAAAAGCCCUGAGAUCUCCACUGUCGAGAUCGGAUACAAGGACGAGGAGAUCUGCAUUUUCCAAAUGGAUUCCCUCAACCCACCCGCAGUGGACGAGGAACAGUUUUCACAACCAUCCACCUCUUCGAAAACCAACCUGUAUUUCCCUGAGACUCAGCACUCCUUGAUCAACUCGACGGUGGAGAGCAGAAUGACGGAAGUGACGGGGGCUCCGUUUCAAAGCUUUGGGAGUGAGAACCCGGAAGACACCGCCAUGCCGGGUUUCCAAAACCCCGAGGAGUCCAGCUACUCAUGGCGCCACCAGUGCCCCAAAUGCCCCCGCGGCUUCCUCCACCUGGAGAACUACCUGCGCCACCUGAAGAUGCACAAGCUCUUCCUCUGCUUGCAGUGCGGGAAGACCUUCACGCAGAAGAAGAACCUGAACCGACACAUCCGGGGCCACAUGGGAAUCCGUCCCUUCCAGUGCAUGGUGUGCCUGAAGACCUUCACGGCCAAGAGCACCCUCCAAGACCACCUGAACAUCCACAGCGGGGACCGGCCCUACAAAUGCCACUGCUGCGACAUGGACUUCAAGCACAAGUCCGCCCUUAAGAAGCACCUGACGUCUGUCCAUGGAAGGGGCGGCGUGGACAAAUCCACGCUCGACUCCAUUACUGAAGUCAGGAUAGACUAUGACUAGCGUGACCCUUUGGACGCAGGGUGGGGGAUGUAUAGUUUAGGGGAGGGUCCUUGCAAAGCACUGUGUUCACCCUAUCUUUUAAUGUCCGGAUUCUGCACAUACAGCUAACCAAUGCACCCCAGAAUUUCCAUCAAGAACAGCAGCUUCAUGAUGGUAGGUGAGAGCUUGAUCCAAGCAACUGGUGCUGUAUCCACAUUGCACAAUUAUAGCACUUUAAUUCCACUUUAACCAUCAUGGCUCUCUCCUGUAGUUUGGCAAACACUUGGAAGUCUCUGUUACAGAGAACCAGCCCAUUCCCAUGAACCAGAAUCUCUAGCAGAGAAGCCCCUUUCAACAAAUCCAAGGAUUCCAUAAGAAUGAGCCAUGGUAGUUAAAAUGGUAUCAAACUGUUACAACUAUAGUGUGGAUACGCCCCAGAAAACAAAGCAGAACAAAAAGUGGAUUUACCCAUCCCAGCCCCACAAUUCCUUUGAGGUCACACAUUACUUUAUAUAACUAUAUAUGUAGGAAGAAAAAAACUUUAGGGGGGACUUCUUUCGUUCCAGCACUUGAGUUUCUAAAGGUGUUUUUUAAAAGAGCAAUUUCAUUAUAUUUGUAAGGCUUCUGGGACCUUAUCCUUUAAACAGAGAUGAUGAUAGUGAUGGAGACAGCUGUGAAGUCAGUAGGUAAAGGCGACUUUCUCCUAUGGAAAUUAAACUGCAAACAGCACCUUCAUGCUCUUUUGUUAGUGGAAAGAAAAGGGCAACCUCUUCGAAACCUCCUAUUUGAGCUUUCCUCUUUUGUCCUGGAGCACUGGCCAUAUUCAAGAGGACCGAAAUGGAACUGGAUCUGUUUUCUGGGUCAGCCAGAUUGAAUGGGAAGAUACUGGCUCCAUUCCUCCCAGCCAAAAUGUCAGGGAACUUUGCUGUUUGUUAAUAUGGGUGUGAUCUGCAUUCGGUAAGCAGGCUGAGUCACCUCUAUGGCACCUAGGUUUCCCCCAUGCCUUCCUUCCUUUCUCCUCCUGCUUUGUAUUUCACAGCCAUCUGUACUUUGUCCUCCCUGGCAAUAUCUGUGUAUUAAUAUAUAUACACACAGAGAGACAUGCGCUUUCUGCAUAAGAACAUGGGUCUCAUCCUAGGCUACUGUUUGUAAGGUUCUUCUUGGCUUAGUGUUAAAAAUGAAUGUUUGCUGUUUGGUGUGCUAAUGGUCCAAGUUACAAGUUCUCACUUGAUCCUCUAUGUUUGUUUCCCCCAAGUUGUUGUCCCAUGGAUGGGAUGGACUACAAUUCCCAUCUUGGCUGGGGAUGGUGGGUCAACAUAGUAUUUGUAGUCCAACCCCUUUUGGAAGUCCCUACCUUUGAAUGGCGUUACACACCACCUGCUUGUUGUUGUGUGCCUUCGAGGUCUUUCCGACCCAAAGGCCAACCUGUUCCAGCGUUUUCUGGGGCUGAGAGAGUGUGACUCAUCCAAUGUUACCCAAUGGGUUUCCAUGGCGGAGCGGGGACUCGAACCCAGGGCUCCAGGAGCGUAGUCCGACACUCAAACCACUAGAACACACUGCCUCUCUUUAAAGGCUUAUCUCUCCCCGUUCCUUUGUACUUUGUUGUGUGUUACAGGCCUGUUCAUGUUUAUUUUUGGGGUUUCACUUUGCAAUAGUAACUGCAAAGUGCCGUACGAUUUUGGGCACGGCUGUUUUGGCGCCUGGUUUCUGCGUUUUCCUUCUCUGUGACUGUAGUGAAAAUAAAAGUUUUGCCCACAGUUGA